CUCAGUCUGAUGUUACUCCUGCAUACUAGUUAAAGUUUAAAAGCUAUGCAAAACUACACAAUUAAUUGUUUUUUUUAACAACAGGUGUGAUGGACCGUGAAACAGAAACAGAGAAGGAAGCUCAGGCAGGGGGAAGAGGGAAGAUUAUCUCGGCAAACCUACACUGUGAUAUUUUGGGCUUGAGUGGAGGAGAGAAUAUCCCACAGCUGUGCAAGAGGAAGAAUACGAUUAAGCAAACAUACUCGCCUAAGGUGUCUAUGGAAAGGCCUGUGAAAGGGCCCACGGACACUGCAGAAUUCAUGAGUGCAGCCAGUCGAGGCAGACUGAAUGUAAUAGACAAAUACCUGGCUGAUGGUGGGAACCCCAAUGUCCAUGAUGAGCUGAGGAGGACGGCGCUGCACCGGGCCUCUCUGGAAGGACACACUGAAGUUAUACAGACGCUCGUAGAAAAAGGAGCCGAUGUCAACUUUAAAGAUCAACUGGGCUCCAGGGCCAUGCACUGGGCCUGCAGAGGGGGAAGCCCGGAUAUUGUUAAAACCCUGAGGAGCCUCGGGGCUGACCUGAAUGCUAGAGACAAGCUGUACAGCACUCCUCUGCACGUGGCCACAAGAACAGGCCACGCCGCCAUUGUUGAGUACCUGCUGUCCUGUGGGGCCAAAAUCGACUCCAGGGACAGGGAAGGAGACACGGCCCUGCACGAUGCCGUGCGCCUCAACCGAUACAAGAUAGCCGAGCUGCUCUUAGCGGCGGGGGCGGAUAGAAAUAUAAAGAAUCAUGAAGGAGUGACCGCAGUGGAGCAGGUAAAAGAAUGGCAGUUCUGCGUCAUGGACACCCUGCAGAGAAUGGAGAACCUGAGGGAGGUGGCAACUGAAAGGAUCUCCAGAGAGGAGUAGAUCAUGCAGAAAAUGUACAUCUCCUCAAACAGUAUUUUCUUCAUGACAAAACUAAGUACCCGUCUCGGGUUCAAAAUACAUUUAGUAAUUCCACUGUAUGUUUGUCUACACAUCAUAGGUGGGUACAUGCAUUAAAUGUGCUGCUAUUCCAGGACAUGAGGUUUAAACCAUUGAUACUUGUGUCAGCUUGGAUUUCAGCUCAGCUGAUUGCUUAAAAAAAGGAAACGGAAAAACCCAAAUUUCUCAAAAAGGUUUCGCCAAGCUUUAGCUUUUGACUUUCUCUCCUAGAGCUUUAUGAUCUAAGCGGUGCUCUCGCGGAUGUUUCAUAACUCAUUUGUGAUGCAAGUUGGAUAAUAUCAAUAGAUUGUGCUGUGCAGAAGCUGCAUUUGAAUACACAUCAAGAGGUCCUUGUUUUAUUGAGGCGACAGAUGAUGCCGGAGCGCACAGUAGCACUGUGUUUGAGAGCUCAGCUGACGACGGCAAAGACGGCUGGCAUGCCCCCCUCUUUAAGUCAGGGAUUCAAGGGCAGCUCGGUGGACAUAUUUUCCUUCUAUCAUCAGUGGCUCAAAUGUUCACUCGUUACACAUACAGCCUGUCAUUUUGUCAGCAUAAUUUGUUCAACAGCUACUGCUGUAUUUUGUUUCUCCACAAUGUGAACGUAAAAUGCCGUUUUGAACAGAGUGAAUUCGUCUGUUAGAAAAUACAAUGUGUUCAUUGUAGACAACUCAUCAGAUACAUUAUCGGCCACACACAAUAUUUCCUGUUCCAAGCAACUGUCAGGGAGACACAUAACAUGUGUAAUACAAGGCUGUCUACAGAGCCAUCAUUUAUUUUGUCGACCCUAACAGUCAUGGCAGUACAUAGUCCAUAUAAUAAAGUUCUUGGAAUCGGACAGAUUAAGUCUG